GCCCCCACCACCUCGGGGGACCUCCCACCCCAAGCCCCUCACCGAACCCCUUGGCUUUGUUCCCCAUCUCGCCUUGGUCCUCCGCGAAAUCCCCAAAUCGCUGCCCCCGAUCCGCCGCCGUCUCCGAUUCGCGACCACCGUUGACCCGGCGCAAAUGACCUCCGGCCCGCCGUCGCCGUCCGGCAAGCCUUACUCCCGCAAAUCUCACCCCAAAUCCUCCAAGGCCCCCGGCGCCCGCUCCUCCGAUGCUCGCAAUGGUCCGGUGAUCCCCACCGUCACCUUCUCGCUCUCCUCGUCGCUGGCCACACGACGGGAACUCCGCCGCCGCCUCUCCGCCGAGCUCGCCCAGGUGCGCGCCGUCUCCAAGCGCCUAAGCUCCCUCCCCGCUCCCGCCCCCUCCUCCGCGCUCUCCGCCACUGACCCAUCCACGCCGCUCCCCCCGCAACCGCCCUCCUCCAAGCACAAGUCCAAGAAGGCCCCCCCGAACCCGUCCGGCUCCGCGGAGGCGCGGCGGAAGCUCUACGCCCCCGUGUUCAAGAGCUGCGGCCUGCUGUUGACCAGGCUGAUGAAGCACAAGCACGGCUGGGUGUUCAACGUGCCGGUCGAUGCCAGCGCGCUGGGUCUGCAUGACUACCACACCAUCAUCACCAAGCCCAUGGACCUCGGCACCGUCAAGUCGCGGCUGGCCGAGGGGCACUACAAGUCACCGCGGGAGUUCGCAACUGAAGUCCGCCUAACUUUUCAAAACGCCAUGAAGUACAACCCCAAGGGGCAGGAUGUGUACUUCAUGGCCGAGCAGCUUCUGAAUAUGUUUGAGGAGAAGUGGCCAGACAUCGAAGCUGAGAUAGCACAGCUGUCACCACAGCCACCGACACCGUCGUCAGCAGCGCCUAAGAAGCCGAGGGAGAUAGACAAUGGAAGAGUGUUAGAGAGGUCUGACUCCACGGCACAUGCUGCAGGACUGGAGGCUACGCCAAAGCCGCACCCGGGCACUGGCAGACCCCCAGUUUUAAAGAAGCCCAAGGCAAGGGAGCCUAACAAGAGGGAGAUGACCUUUUGGGAGAAGCAAAAGCUUAGCAACGACCUGCAGGACUUGCCUCCCGAGAAGCUUGACAAUGUCGUGCAGAUUAUAAAGAAGAGGAACUCGUCACUCAAUCAGCAUGAUGAUGAGAUUGAGGUUGACAUAGAUAGCUUUGAUGUUGAGACAUUGUGGGAACUGGAUAGGUUUGUGACAAACUACAAAAAAAGUAUGACCAAGAAUAAGCGGAAGGCAGAGCUUCCUGUGGUACGGCAGGAUGAGUCCGAGCAUGAUCCAGAUAUGGAGAAAAUAGAGCAUAGAAGGCAGGAUGAGUCAGAGCAGGAGCAGAUGCUCACAGUACAAGAGACGAAUCCAGAACCAGUUGAUGUUGAACUACCUAUGGUUGAUGUUGAACCACCUAAGGAAAUUGCACCAGAUGACAAUGGGAGGUAUGUGGGUUCAUCAUCACCGGCUCAUUUGGAAGACCAGAAGGGAGAGAAUGCAGGUAGAUCAAGUAGUUCUGGAAGCUCUAGCAGCGGAUCAGGGUCUUCCUCCAGUGAUACAGAUACCGAUAGUUCAUCAGCGGAUGGAUCAGAUGCUGCACAGUCACCCAAAUCGUAACAUCUAUAGGCCAGGUCUUAACGUCAGACAGGAAAGAUCAUGACUCGUAAGUUCACCAAAGAUUCUGGCAUGAUAUUGUCGCCAAGAUUCAGUGUUGUCAUCCUGUAAAUUUUUGAUCAUGUAGGGAAGCCUAACGAAUGCUGUUGUCCUUGUUGUUCUGUUUGGUCCGUUUAGUCUCGUAGUGGAUCCGGAGAUUGCACAUGCAUUUCAUGUGUCUGUACCAUUAUUUGCAGUGUUGUACUUACUGUAGAGUGCUGUAUUACCUAGUCAUUGGGCUGGAAGUUACUUAACACUGGAUAGAAGGAACCUGCAAAUCGGGGAAGGCCAAGACCAGGAACCUGGAGACGUCACCCUGUUGUAAGCUUGUAAAAUUGUUAUAGUUCGGUAAUUUCUUUUACUUUGUUUUGGGAAUUAGCCAGUCUGUAAUUUAUGUUGUGUUGGAUUAGCACGAACAAUUCAUAUUUCCUGAUGCUCUUAUUGUUCUAGUAAGAUCUCUUCAAAUGUGUUUGAGCUGAAA